CCUAUUAACUAUAAAGGUUAAUAAUCUUAUUUACUUAAUUCAAAUAAAUUAAUUUAUUUUCAAACAAUUCACUUUCAAUAUAAUACUAUUUAGUUGAAAGAAUUUAAAUUUGCAAAAAAAAAUGGAUGAUUUGGAUAAGCAAUUAGCUGAAUUGCAAUUAAUUACAACUGCCGAAUUGAAAAAAAAUGUUAAUGCUGAAAUUAAAAAAGCUGGGAAAAAAAUAGGGCCUGCUGUACCUCCAAAACCUAAAAAACAUCAGGUCUAUUCAAAUUUACCUACUAUAGGCGUGCCAAAACCUUAUGAAAAACCACCGGAAAUAGGUUCAUCGCAUAGUUCUUUUCCAAAAGAUACUGGUGCAACAUAUGCAAAUAAAGAUGGCCUUAUUUAUAGUAAUAUUUUACAUGAGACAAAAUCUAAUCCUCAUAAAAUCACUUAUGCAACGAAUGAUCUACCGCCACCAUUGGAUAUAAGUUCAGAUUAUACACAAUGUAAUGUACCACCGUUUCCACCGCCUCCAGUACCUUCAGAACUGGACGAAACGUUGCUGGAUGAAGGCUUACCGCCGCCUCCGUCACCAAUAAGUGCCAAUGUUAUGUAUCCACCAAUGGGAUCUAGUGGUCCGCAACGACAAACUUCACCGUAUCAAUCGUUUGAUGGAUAUACACAAAAAAAUACAUCGAAUUUUUAUAAAGCUCAACCUCAGGUUCCAACGAAUUAUAUAAAACAACCGUCUUACAAUGUUUACUCGAAUAUACACAGUGGUAACCAUGAAUAUUCGAAUAUCGAAUUAUCUCGAAAUGAAAAUACAGCACCCACCUAUGAAAAUACACGAAUUCAUCCCGCAGGAUCAUCUGUUGUGAAUACAACACGUGAAUUUGAUACAUUAAACUAUCCUGGUUCAUCGAUAUCCGAUUAUGAGAAUCAAACGGAUAUGUUAGAACGUCGCGGUUUUCGAGCGGGUAGUUCCGCAUCCCGUUUGGAAUAUGAUUCAGAUGCAGCUGUACGCGAACCAAAUCAAAGUUUUCGAAGUGCGAGUUCAGCAUCGAAUUAUACGCAUACAGAUUAUGAUCGAUAUAAUGAUCAUCAACCUGAAUCGAUUUAUGCACCCUUAGGACGUCCAUCAGAUAACGAUUUGCCGCCACCGCCUCCGAUAAUGGGUGGAGAUAAAAAUCAUCAUCCAACAAAUUUACCACCAAUUAUUAUGUGUGGAUCAUCUGGAAAUGAUUCGUUAACGGAUGAAGUACCGCCACCAGCAAGUCCGGUUUCAUCUAGUUACAGCGAGUUGCGUCGGGCAACUGAUUUAGCAACUCAUCAUAAUUUAUAUAAUCCGUAUAAUCCACCAUCGCAUAUUUCAUCAACUUACGAAUCAAUUUACGAACCAAUUAAUCCACGACCAUCCAGUCAAAAUUCGACACGUAGUAGUGGAUAUUCAUUAUAUGGACAAAAUGCAAAUAAAUUAAGUAAUAAUGGAACUUUGCCAAAUGUUCCAAAACCAUCGAAAGAAUUAGAGGUUGAUAAAUUAACGAAUCUACUGGUUCAAGGUUUAGAUUCUGCUGACCAAAAUGAAGUUUACGGUAUUUGCGUGAAAUGUAACGAGAAAAUUGUCGGUGAAGAAAAUGGAUGUACUGCAAUGGAUAACUUUUACCAUAUCGAUUGCUUUACGUGCUCUCAAUGUGAUAUUAAUUUACAAGGCAAACCUUUUUACCCACAGGAUGGGAAACCAUACUGCGAACAAGAUUAUUUGAAUACGUUAGAAAAAUGUUCGGUUUGUGUGAAACCAAUAUUGGAUCGGAUUUUACGAGCUACUGGUAAACCUUAUCAUCCUCAAUGUUUCACAUGUGUGGUGUGUAAUAAAAGUUUAGAUGGUGUCCCGUUUACUGUGGAUGCAACCAAUCAAAUUCAUUGUAUUGAAGAUUUCCAUAAAAAAUUUGCUCCAAGAUGCUGUGUAUGUAAAUUACCAAUAAUGCCCGAACAAGGUGAAGAAGAAACCGUACGAGUUGUGGCACUAGAUCGAAGUUUUCAUAUUGGUUGUUAUAAAUGUGAAGAUUGUGGAUUAGUUUUGUCGUCUGAAGCUGAAGGCCGUGGUUGUUAUCCUUUAGAUGGACAUGUAUUAUGUAAAAGUUGUAACGCAAUUCGUGUUCAAGCAUUAACCAAACAUAUGACAACUGAAUUGUAAAAUAUUCAAGAUAAUGUCAUCUCUAAGCCAUAAAAAUUGAUAUAAAUAAAAAUAUUUGCCAUAUUUAUUAUUCGCUGUAGUCACUCUGGUGAAAUCGGUUGACAUAAUUUAGGUAGAGCAUUUUUUAGAUGGUUAGCUGACGCAUCAUGCAUACGCACACAUUUGUAGCGUAAUUUAAAAUAAUUGAAUUCAAGUGAUAAGUAUGCUAUAGUUAAGCUUUUAAUUUUUUAAGUUUUCAAAUAUGAGUGAGUUAUAUUAAAAAAAAAAAAUAAAUAAACAUGCUUCUUUAAACUUUAAACUGAUGUAUCAGGUGUUAGAAAAGUACC